CGCAUUCGAUAUACGUCAUGUGGCAAAAUGGAAGCGACUGGGAGAGUGGUCUGCGAAGUUUCUCACUAGAUAUUACUCGGUGAUUAUCAUAAAACACAAGUUACAGAAAGUAAAAGUGUGCUUAAAUUAUUGUUUAAUGUGUUCGCAUGCGACAGUUGUCUUCAUCUCUGUGUUACUGUCGUUAGCUUGCUAACAUGAAUUCCGAUGUAGAAGAAUUGAUGCCCAGGCUUCUACCCAUAGAAAAAUGCGAUAUUGCAGACCUUGAUCUCAGUGAACCCCCAAGGAACCCCCAGGAAUACUUACGGCAGGUUCAACUGGAAGCGUCCCUUUGCCCAGACGUUGUUGUGGCCCAAAUCGAUCCAAAGAAACUGAAAAAGAAGCCAACUGUGAAUGUAUCACUUUCAGGAUGCCAAGCUGCCCCUGUGGGAUUUUCUCCAAGCUUCAGAUGGCAGCAGCAGCAAGUUAGCAACUUUUCCGAAAUCAGACAAAGUGUUAACAAACACAGACAACAUUGGAAGGCUCAGGCUUUGGAUGACAAUGUGAUAAUGCCAAAAUCAGAUGAUGAAGAAGGAUGGAAGAAGUUCUGUUUGGGGGAAAAUGUUUACCACAGCCCAACACCUAGACUAAAUGACAGUAACAACCCGGGUCUCGACUAUGUGAAGGUUGGAUUUCCUCCUUUUUUGAGCAUCGUGAGUCGAUUGAAUCAGGCCUCUGUUUCCACGGUGCUAGAGUAUUUGAUAAACUGGUGUGAAGAGAGGGAGUUUGUCCCACAGCUGGGAAGAUGGCUAUAUGCAUUGUUAGCUUGUCUUGAGAAGCCUCUGCUACCAGAAGCCCAUUCUCUCAUUCGACAGCUGGCAAGACGAUGCUCUGAAGUGCGAGCCAACCUGGAAAGCAAAGAAGAUGAGACUUUAUCUGCCCUGAACUUGAUGAUUUGUCUGGUUGCCAGGUAUUUUGAACAGAAUGACUUGGCGGAUGAGGACUGAUCCCUUGGUGUCUGUGUGCCAGUCAUCCAAAAUGAGAAUCAUUGUGUUCAGCAUUUCAAAAAAAUGUAAUGUUAUUACAAUGUGAUGAAGUGGCAUGUACAUCCCCUUUGGUGUGCAGCGAUUUAUUUGUCUUUAGAUGUACAUACUGUGCAUUGUUGUCUGGAUCGGAAAACCUUAUUUGUACUCAUGUUUUCAGGAUGGUCAGAAGGGUUCCAAUAAAUGGGCAACAGAUUGGCAGUUAUAUUUGAUGUGACUUUCACUUAUGUGAUGGAAAUGAUUGAACAAUUGUUUGCAAGCUUGUUUAUUUUUACCAGACAUGUCUGAAAUCAAUAAACAUUUCCAUUACCUGUUUUUUAUACAUUUUUUAAGGGGAGGAAUUCUAACACAACUGUGAAAUGAAUCAUUUGCAGGAGCAUAUUUUGAGCUAGAUCAGGCUUUUUAAAUUUUUUUUCUUUUGUAAAACAUUAUGAAUUAAACAUUUUUCAUUUUUUGUGUGCAUGGAUUAUUUAAAUCAAUCGAAUGAAACCCCAGACUAAUAAGGAAACAAUAUUAGUUUUUAAGGGAGAACUUCAAAGGUGUAGGUUAGUACAGGAUGUCAAACAGUUAAAUAAUCCCAAAUUGUGGCCCAGGUUCCCCUAUAAUGUUAGUUUGCUAAUGGAAUAUUGGAGUGUUGACAAAAUAAUGCUGUUAUUGGUUAUUACGAACUGAUCUUCAGUAUUAAAGAAACAUGCACUGUG